AUGGCGUCGGAAAACAACAAAACGAACUAUCAUAUAUCCAGUUUAUUACAAAAAUUACAAAGUUUUUCUGUUUCCAGCGUUCAAAAAGCCUUGAUUUCGUUGUCACGGGCUACAAGAAAGUCUGAUAAUGUUGUUAAAUUGCGAGACGAAAGCGGUAUUCAUUUAUUAUUACCGUUUCUUCAAUCGUCGAACAAGAAGGAUUUAGACAUGGCGGUGAGCGUGUUGGCAAAUUGUGCUUUGGAAAAACAAAGUAGAAAGGAGGUAACUACUCUUAUUUGAAUUUUGUGAAUUUUUAUGUUAGAAUCUACAUAAUAACGUUUAAAAGCUUUACUUUUGUUAGAAUAUUAUGCAUGAGUCAAUUCCUGGAGCAACCAUCCCCCCCCCCCCCGGGAAUUCGCCUGAUAGACAGUUCACGGGGGUUGGCUGUCAUAUAUCAUAUGUGCACCAGGGCUGAGUAUUGUUAUAGUAGCUGAGACCCCCGGGAUUUGACAAAUGGUUUAACUUUUGCAAAAAUUAUUACCUGUGCCCAUAGGCAGCCCAAUCUCAGAAUGUCCUAUAUAUUUUGAAUAUUUAACCGUUAGCGUUUAAUAUAGUAAUAAUUCAAAAAGUAUUAGCAGUAUAUGUAAAAAAUAUAUCUAAGUUGUUAAUAGGAUGCAUUAGUUAUGUUUCUGAGUUUAGUUGAUGCGAUUGCUUUAUGUUUUCGUCAUACUUGGACGAUUUUUCACUACUGGGAGGUCACAGGUCUAUACCGGGAGACCCCAGGCUAUGUCGGGAGAGUUGGCAGGUCUGGAAUUAUUUCAUAUUGUGAGGGUAUUUAGGAUCUCAUAUAUGGCGCUUAAUGUAAGGUGACACUUAAUGGAGGGUACAUUACAACCUUGUUCCCAGGCUUUUCCCUGGGAACGAGGUUGGGUACAUUAUAUAUUUUAUUAAAACAUGCUAUACCUUUCUAUUUUCAUAGAUCAAGCAGCUUAAUGGCCUCGCUCUUUUGUGUAAGUUUUCAGAAUGUAAAAUAUGCCUUAAAAAAUACCUGUGGUUCUGGUUCCCGACCGACCCUAUUUUUUUCUGCCGACCCUAUUAUUUUUUCAACAUGAUUGACUGUGCGACCCUAUUUUCUCCAGGCGGUUGCGGGCUGCUGCCAAAAUGGUGUUUGUUGUCAAAUUAUUUGUACAGUAAUUAUUGAAAAAACCGUGAAAACAAUAUUAAAAAAAAAAUUAUUUCCGACCUACCGACCCUAAUUUUUUCGCGACAUGAACCGGAACCAAAGGUAUUUUUUGGGGCCUAAAAUUGUAGGGGCUGUGUACCCCAGAAAUAUUUCCCUGUUAGGUGGGAUAAUGCAUGCUGCUUGUCAGAAUUUUGCUAUUGUUUUAAUUCCUUGUCUGAUUUUUUCUGUUGAAUCUUGACUGUGAUAAUUUAUUGUUCUGUUUAGGUAACUUAUUGGCUUCACUUGCAGACACCAGUAUUCUAAGUCGUGUUACAAGAGCUCUGGCAAACCUGUCCCAAGAUGUGACUAUUGCCAAUGAAAUUGUAAACCUCGAAACACUGCCGAAACUUCUUGGAAUUGUUAAAGAGUCCACCGAUGUGCACUUACUCCAAAACACCUUACGCGCCAUAAGAAUAAUGAGUGGAAGUUAUGCGUGUCUAAAAGAGCUUGCGGAAGGGAACGGAAUACUUAGUUUUGUAGAACUGCUACACAAGGAAAAUGCCAAUGCAGUUAAGUGUUCUUGUCUGCAAACCUUGCUUGAAUUAACCAAAGCUGCUAAUGGCGUUCUAGCAAGGCAAAUGCAAGAACACGGUGUGAUUGAAGUCGUCAGUCGGUUGUCAUACUCGGAUGACGAAGAUAUAGCAGAGAACUGUAUCAAUAUUUUGUCUACCCUCACAAGGUAUUCUACAGUCAGAGUUUCUGUUGGCACUAUGGGUGGAAUAGAGGCAUUUAUUAACCAAAUACGGAACCGAGGUCCGCUGCUAUUCCCAUCUAUUGAAGGCAUCUGCAUGUGCUGUCGUGAAGCCGUCAAUCGUAACAAAGUCCGCUCUUGUGAUGGACUUGAAGUUCUUCUUGACAUAUUACGCCGUCCUGAAUGCUUACAAGUCUUUGAUAAUGUUUUGGGUGCUUUUGCGUGCUUUUCAUACGAUGAUUUAGCGUUAAAACGUAUGCUGGCAAGUGGUUUGAUUCCUAUUUUGGUCUCCAUUCUCCAGAAACUGCUUUUCCCAGAGAGCACAAUCAAAGAUGGUACAGAAACAAAACAAAGAUUUGCUUACAAAAAGUAAUAAAACAACAGCUGUAACUACCCCCAAAAAGAAUGCAACUUCUAAGUCAUCUGAUUCGGUAGCAACCCAGAACUCAAGUAUAACAAGUGAUUCAGCAAAGUCAGUAACCCUUCCCUUACCAUUCUCGCGGGAAAAAAGCUAUCCUACCUCCCCACCAAGCUGCAUUUCCCCCAACCUUAGCCCUGAACUUCGAGUACCUUACAUGUCUCCAUGCAGCCCCGAAUCAGUUCGUUCAUCAAGUCCUAUGGUUUAUUCUCCAUCAGGGUCCGAAGUUGAUGAUGAUGUUUCAUCCGAAUCUAAUGAUGAUCCUGAGCCGGAUACAGUCGAAGAUAGCAGGCCUGCUGCUGAGAUUCCACAGCACCUUGCUGUUCCAAAAUCCAAUGAAGCGAUAGAACCACUAACUUCUAAUAACGUUACUAUAUCCAAAGACAGUACUGGCACCUCUAAAGAAGAGGUUGGAGAAGGGUCUCCUCCGAACAACGAUUUAACAAACACUAAUGCGAAUGUGGUAAAUACUUUGAUGGACGAUUUAGAAACAACUCAUUCCGGACGUAUGGCGACAGGUAUUGAAGGAAAGUUUAACAAAUUAGAUGAAACAGAUAGCCAACGUUGCCAACCAUUACAGAAUGAAGGUUCCUUUCCAUAUUGUGCCUCUGGAAGUGAAGCUAAAGUACCUCUCCUGCCUGGGACAAGUUUCAAUGAACAUCUUCACUUGUUCUUAAAAGAUGAGAACCUAUUCUCAGCAGAUCAACCUUCUCCCAAGAAACGCUGCUGCCGUGCUAUCGCAAGGUUUCCCUCGAUGCUUAGAUACAGGUACAGAUACCGAGAAUUAUCUAAGCCUUCCUGGAGACCUGAUCCGUUCCCUCGUGCACCGUCGAACUCGAGUGGGCUUCAUGGCAUUGAGAGUAAAAUCAUUUUCCUGCUCUCGCGUUUUGGACAGAUGCCCGAUGCGACCGAUUCAGAAGCUCUAAUGUCACCGGAAUGUAUUCAAACCCUACUGGACUAUUUGUGUUACAGUAAGAAUCCUGACUCGAGAUGUAAUCGCUUGUUAACCCGACUUGCUUGGGAAAGAAAGUUUUUUGAGACAUUGAUUGUCAUCAUGUUUCCAGGAGCCAUCUGCAGACAGCUUAUUUGUGGUUUGCGUCCAGGUUACCUGCUUUCUGAACAUUCCAGUUCUGACAUUGAAUUUAGUAACAAAGUGACGGAGUCAUCAGUUCGAACCCAAGAAACGUCUCGGAUUACUACCCACUCCCUCGCGAGUGUUGAAGAACCUGCAGAAAUUAUGCCAUUGAGCACUGGAUCCCCCACAUUCACAGAAACUGAUUCUUCGAAGUUUACUAAAGGAAACGCUACACGUGAUUCCAACCUUGACUCAUAUAGAAUUGGUACCCCUCAGCAAGAUAAAUCUUCAACAUCAGAUAGCACGCAAACGUCCAGCGCUAAAAGAAGUGUUUCUGAUGCAACUGAAAAUAACCAAGUUGUAUCCAAAUCCUCUUUCCUAUCGCCUUCAACACCUAAGAAGCAGGAAAAAGCCUUCAUUGUUGAUCCAGCUAAAGGGGGCACAAUGACUACAGCGAAUUCCUCACGGAACCAUACUAAGGAAAUUGGAAAAUCCCUUUUAUCAAUCUUGACCACGCAAGGUUCCAAUUCAUUUGGGGAAGGUAUUCUGGCACAUCUUUUGCUCCGAGGUACACAAAAGCAAAAGGAAGCGUGUGCCUUGUCGCUGCCUUACGUAUGCAAGUAAGUAUAAUAAAGCACACCAAUUCAUUGAUAGUAUUUUAGCAUAUAGGGGUUUUGCUCGAUCAGCCGCCUUGCACUAUUUACCUCGUAACAGAACAAACUGAAAAUAAAUUUCCAACGGUGCCUGACAAAGUGUCAGCUCCAAGUGAUUGAUGCCUGACACUGGACAUUUUGUGUCUGACAAAAAAUAUUAACGCAAUAGAGCAAAUAUAGUUUUUCGUGGUCCUUGAAAUAAAAGAAGCCAACGAAAAGCUUAGUAAUUAAACCACUAAAGUCAAUUAUGUCGUAUAUACGGAAUUGAACAAUCAUAAAUUUCACAGCAUUUUCACAGGUAUAUUGUCUGAAUAUUCAUUUGGAUAAAAAUUUGGACAGACACAUAAUUUUUAAAUGCGGAAUGCAAAUAUUUUGAAAUAAAAUGAAAUUUUUAUGCCAGUUGUAGACAGUUUCACUAAUAGUUGUGUUAAUAUGCUGCCGGACAAACUGUCCGGCAAUAAACCAGUUGCGCUGGAUGAUUACCUUUUCGUACCGGACAAUGUCCGUGACAUUGAAACUUGCGUGGUCGCAUAUUUUCAGACUUGAGUGUUUAGAGGUAUUUAGAUUUAAAACUAUUUCCAAUGAAUAAAAUUACUUGGUAUAAAUAAGUUUGUAUAAAUACUUAAGUUGGUAUAAAUGCUGUUACAAACUAUUCUAAUUACGGGAGCUGCAAUACAAAUUGUUUUAAAAAUUAUUAUUUUUUUUGUUUCGUAUGUGGUAUACUAUAACGCAUGUGGUAUAUACCAUGUCGGUGAACAGUGCAAGGAUAAUCACCUCCACUUCGGGGAAUAAUUGUUAAUUAAUUAUGCAAACAAUCUUUCUGCAUGCCACUCUACCAUCUUUUAAGAAAUUUUAUUUACGGUUUAUUCACAGGCAAUUACGAAUAAAACGAAAACUACUGGUUGACUACAAAGGAAUUAUGGUCAUCUUAUCAAUCUUGUGCAAUUCCAGUGACCACGCUGACAUUAUACGCGCUGUCAACUCCAUCACUUACCUUGUCGCAAAUUCAGCUCUGAAGAUGGACAAUGACUUCAAAGUGUUCAUUGCGAAAAACGAGAGCCAAUUUCUGAUACCCCCUGGAUACAGAGUGGUAGAUUUGCUUUCGACAAAAAAGUGGAAAGCUGGCAAAGGUUUCUCACCAACUGCAUAUCAUGACGCGAGAAUGACGCCCGGGGAUUGUUUACGGACCGAAUCCACAUCUAAAGGCAAUCAUUCGGAAGGCGGACAGAAAUUCGACGGUUGGACGGAUAACGACGAAACAUUUCCCGCCGUAUUUUGGGAAACCGUCCGCUUGCGGAGAAAGAGAGAUGUGUUCCAUUCGAUGAUAAAGCAACGCGGCUUUAAUUCUAAAAGACCACGGCAUGCGAUUGACGGCAUCGCGUGUAAAAGAACAAAGGUGGAAUCUGGUUCUACCAAGUUGAAAACUUUCUCUGGUAACUGCUGCUCUUACAACAGAACUCAUUCUGUACCCUUUGAUGUCGCGGUGAAGGUCGACACUGGGGAGUCUAUUGAAGCUCACCGCUCUGUCUUAUGUGCUUUUUCCGAAGUAUUCGCGGCGAUGUUGUCUACUAAUUUCAUCGAGGCAAGUCAAUCAGAGGUUGUGAUUAAAGAUGUCAAUCACGCCACCGUUUUGUUUCUUUUCCAUUACGCGUAUGGAUGUAGUUGGUCCGUCAACCGUCGUUCCAUUGCCUGUCCAUUUUUCGAGCAAUCUCUGUCUAUUGACAAUUCAAGAAGUGACCGUUUUGAUUUUGAUUUUCUACUGGACUUGCUGGCGUGUGCCGAUCGAUUUCUUUUGACUGGUCUCAAAAAGCAGUGUGAACAAUUGAUGAGGCAUAGCCUGACUGGUGAACAUGUUGCGGACACGUAUUUAGCGGCAGUGUUCUACAACACACCCGGUUUGCGUGUUUUCGCGCUUCAGUAUAUUUUCCUGGCAGACUUGGAGUUGAACUGUGUGUACAAUUGUGUGGUGAGGUUACUACAGUCUCAAGAAAGAGACAGGGUGAUUGAAGAUUUCAAGAACAUUGCGUUAGAUUGUUGUACGUAG